UUCCCCGGUUCUUCCGAUUCGAAACCCCGGUUCUCCCGAUUCGAAACCAAGAAUCUAUAGCGUCCAUACUCUUUAUGUCAUCACACGUUUAUCACCCUUGAUAAAAAUGAAGUUUUUAAGGUAGGAUGUAGAUCCAAAGACGAAUCCCAAAUCCAGAUCCCCAAAGACCCGUCUCUUUGAUGAUCAUCUACCCAAAACCCAAAUGAAGACUUGACUCUGUUUCCUACAUCUUGCUACUACUGUUAAACCUAUUGCAGUGGUACUAACAGACACUCCCAACAAAUUAAACCCUUUUCAUCUCCCCUUUCAAUUCAUUCAAAAUUCUCAUCAUGGACAAAGAUACAACGCCUCCUUAUCUUAGUUUAUUUGCUGCAUUAUCAUAUGGAAUUGCAUCAAUGGCAAUGGUUUUCAUAAACAAAGCAGUUGUCAUGGAGUAUGCAUAUUCAAUGACUCUUCUUACCUUACAGCAACUGGCAACUGCAUUGCUUAUACAUUCUGGAAGAGUAAUGGGAUGGACAAGAGCUAAAGCGUUAAAUGUUGAUACCGCAAAAAAACUCGUUCUUGUUUCACUCUUUUAUAAUGGAAAUGUGGCUUUUGCUUUAGCAAGCUUAAAAGGGGUCAAUAUUCCAAUGUACAUUGCUAUAAAACGGUUAACACCUCUCGCUGUAUUAAUUGCUGGGCCUUUUUUUAAGAAAGGAAAACAUUCAAAACAGGUGAUUCUAUCUGUAUCACUAACUGCUGCUGGGGUAAUGAUUGCUGCACUCGGAGAUUUUUCGUUUGACUUACUUGGAUAUACCAUGGCUCUCAUCUCUGUCUUCUUCCAGACAAUGUACCUUGUUUUGGUGGAAAGAUCGGGUGCUGAAGACGGGCUUUCAUCUAUUGAAAUCAUGUUCUACAACAGCCUUUUAUCCUUGCCAUUUCUGGUAUUUCUCAUCAUAGUUACCGGAGAAUUCCCAAGUUCACUCUCAUUACUAUAUGCAAAGAGUGCUUCAGUAUACUUUUUUGUGAUGUUUGUUCUUUCGUUGGUGAUGGGAAUAAUCUUGAACUACACCAUGUUUCUAUGUACAAUUGUCAAUUCCGCCCUUACUACAACCAUCGUUGGAGUCCUCAAAGGCGUUGGAUCUACUACACUUGGGUUUUUCUUACUGGGAGGAGUUCAAGUACACUUUCUGAACGUUAGCGGGCUGGUGAUCAAUACUCUCGGCGGUUUGUGGUAUUCGCUUGCCAAAUAUCAAGAGAAAAUGAGAAGAACCGCAAUACCAAAAUAAGUUGGUGUUCGGGUUCUAGUUCAGCAAGAUAAAAGCAACAUAUUAGUAUAAGUUUCUUUCCAUGUUUAUUUCUUUGUAAUUUAAAGAAAAAUUCUAUAGCUAUAGAGGAUUUGACACACAAGAGGUUCAUUAGUAUCCAUUUGUUGAAAUGAACACAUGUGGAUGAAUGCUUUUAACUAAAAUGAACCCAUUAAAUAUUCACUCU